AACAAACCUCGACGGAGGGUCACCAGCUCCACUCCGUUUCGAGCAUACCAACCCGUGUGGCCCAUCUAACCCUGUCCAGUCCCUGUCCGGUAUAAUUGACAUCCAUUCUCUUCUCCUGUCGGUUGUCGGCUUCGUUUGCCUUCUCUUAUCUUCAUACCAUUUCCUCUCACGUUCUUUCUUUUCUUUUCACUUGUUCCCACUCGUUGUUUGUUGUGUACAUGGGUUGGCCCACUAGUCCAUCCACUUACUCUUUCCUUAUUAUUGAGUACCUGCCGGGCUUGGGGGCUCUAUCACUUUUCUCUCCUAUUAUUUCGUUCUUCUCUCGACCUUCCCACUUCACAUCACCAUGUAUCAGACAGCAGCCCCUCUAGACCUGGACUACCUGAACCAGCAGCUUCUUCCUCGACAAUACGAAUCAGAGGAGGAGGAGACUUCCGAAUCGGAGUUGGGAUCCCAUGACCAUGCAUUUUCGCCCAUCAAAACUGCCGGUCCAUAUGAUUCAGACAUGAGCGCGGAUGAGGUUUCCAGCGUCAACUCCCCUCAAUCACCAUCAGACCAGACCGCCUUCGCCCGCUUAUUGUCAAUGCAUGCUACCGCAGGCAAGACCUCUCGGCCAGUCUCGCUAGAUACCGUGAAACGUAGCAGUGGAACGACGUUUGUGCCGGAGUCUUACAUGUUUGACGAUGAUGACGACGUGAUCAUCGAGCUGCCAUCGCCUGGCAGCACCUCUCCACUGCGGUCUCCAGUCUUCUUGCAACCUACUGUUUAUCAACCUCCGCAAUCGCUGCGACAUCAGCGUCGCUCUCGAUCUUCUUCCCCUUGUUCUGUUUACUCGCUUGACGACUCAGUCGACGACUCAGAUGUCUGCGUGGCUGAGAAAGUCACCAUUGUCGAGCCUAUUGCCAAGCCUAAUCUGAUCUUAAUAAGCCCAGUCACCGAUGGCCCGGUGGUAGAGGAGCCCGAGCCCAUGUCGGCCAUUUCAACGACGACUGAACCGGACCGAUAUCCAAGUGGUAAAGGACUGUACUCCCUCAACCAGGCAAUCAAAUCGCAACCGCUCCUGAGCGAGAGACGACCAGAUCCCGCCUUCCACUUGAAGCGUGGUAGCCUGCAAUUACAUGGCCGCUAUGCGGGGCAGCAUCCUCGGCGAGCGGACACCGACCCGUUUGUUGCUCCCCGAGCCUUGGCAGAUGUGCCCGAAACUCCCCAGCCCACCAAUAUGCGCUCGCAGUCCAUGGCAUUCAAUCGACCAAAGACCUCUGCCGAGCAUGUUGCAAACCGGGGACCCAAAGGCAGUCUUCUCCGUCGACCCCCAUCCAUGCAGACCGUCCAUGGGGGCUAUUCGCCCUUUCCUCCCCGCCACACAUUCAAUCAUGCCGCCGAUGAAUCUCACAGCCGAUCUGUGUCGCUCUCUCACUCCUUCGCUGGCUCUGAUUACAGUUUGCCGUCGUCCCGCACUUCCAGUCCUGUUCCCUACUACUCAUCACCCACAUUCAACCGCCACCGCUCGGGCUCCACCUACAGCACGUCCAGCAUGCCUGGCAACCGAGGGUUUCGGCCCCCAACGGCAGCCGCCUCGCUUAUGCACAGUUCGACGGCGUCUAGUGUGUACUCAGCCAGCAGUCUGCGGUCGGAAGUGGAGAGCGUCUACAGCUUGGACCCACGCGAAGCCGCCGCGUCGGACGCCAAGGCUGCGCGGCGGAAGAAGAGUUUUCGGUACAGCCGAAGCGCUAAGGCCGACAGUGCGGAACCAGCCGCCAAGAGUUCGAGUUCUGGUUUCAUGGGAUUCAUGUUACGAGGCAGGAGAAAGUCCACCAUCCAGAAAUAAUGCUUAAUUUGCGGAGAUAACACGGGAAGAAUUGCUAGAUCUAGUGUUUCAUCUUUACUUCUUCUUUCUACGUUUUGGGGAAAAGGUUUUUUAUUUGUCGCGUCACGUCUCUACUUUGGCGUUCUUCGUCGGUUUAGCGUUUGCUUCCAUGGGGUUUGUUUUUGGUCUGUACUUCAACUGCCUGGGGCGGCAUUCCUUUUUUUCCUGGUUGUUUGACUUGUCGCACUGGAUGCUUGUGAUAUUGCGAUCUUACUGUACUAUCUCAGAACCUCCUCGCCUGUCUCUUUUUUCCUUUCUAUGUUCUGAUCACCGAAGUAGUCAUAGGC